UUUAUAGGAAACCUGAGUGCAAUUUACUCUACGUAUUAGAAAUAGCGGUCUAAUUACUCUCAAAUCAUGCCCUACUGUCUUGAAAAGGAAGGACAAACUGGACAACGAAGUUGCAUAUAUACAAAAUAAUUGGAUGGUCACAAUUGGAACGUUUGUUCAUAUAUGUCCACUGGAUCGGGGCUGUCCAUCAUUUGUUUUGGCUUAGCAGCAUAAUUACUACAAAAUUACACCCUAGCACCCGAGUAGGCUAGAAAAAUGUUGGGACUGUGAUAUGGCCAAACAACAGCUGUUUUUACGUUUGCAUUUCACUAGCUAAAUGUCUUUUAUGAUUUUUGGUGCAAACCACGAAUUAUAAAUUUAACUUUGUUUUGGUAAACAUCGAAUAACUGGUCAUCUUGAUGAAAUGUCUCUCUAUAACCAUAUUUGUCUAUAGUCUUGUUAUUUCAAUACAAACAUCCUUAUAAAAGUGAUUCAAUGUCUAAUCCAGCUCUGGGGAAUACAACUAAUGGUGCUUCAGCUAGUGGAAGCGGUGCUGCAUCUUUAACCAAUCCUUUGGCAUUUCUCCCUGUGGCUGCUGAAGGGCGCAUGAAUCUUGCUGCUCUUCAACAGAAAGAUCCUUACAUCACUGCCAUAGUUGAUACAGCAAAGCAAGUAGCACUAUAUUUAUUUAGUGCAAAGGAAAACGAAUGGGAAAGAACUGCUAUAGAAGGAACUUUAUUUGUUUACAGACGAUCUGCCUCUCCUGAUAAUGGAUUUAUGAUCUUAAAUCGACUUGGCCCCAAUAAUCUAAUUGAACCGAUAACAAAAGACUUAGAAUUUCAACUUCAUGAUCCAUUUUUGCUUUAUCGAACUGCAAAAGCUAUCUGUGGAAUUUGGUUCUAUGAUAAAGAUGAAUGUGCUCGUGUGGGUCAGCUUAUGAAUAGUCUUGUCCAAUUAGCCAUUACAAACCAUCAUGCUAAAACCCAGAACUGUACUAGACAAAGGCGUGCCUCAGAAAGUGAUUCCUUAGACGAUCGUUCAUCUGAUGUAAAGAAGGAACCAACAAUUGCUGUGCCUAUUGUGACAACUGCUACUCCACAAAUUGUGACUACUUCUGCUGCAUCAAUGCCUGCCAAUAGACCUGUUGGUAUUUUACAGUUGCUUACUAAAGCUCAGCAUGAAUAUGACAAAUCUAAAGAUGUAAAGAAAAGACCUGAGCCAGUAACUCUAACUGAUAACCCUGGCAAAGCAGCUGCAAGCUCCACUUCGUUGAUUCGACCCACUCCUCUGUGUAUUGGGAACUCGUCUCAAAAUUCCGACAAUGAAAUUGAUGCUUACAGUAGUGUGACUCUGCCUGGAAGAGAAAUUUCCUCUCAAAUUUGCCUUGAAAGACUCUUUUCCAGUAACGAUGUUGGGAAAAAUACUUCCAAAGUAGCUAACCAAAGUCCAUUGUCAAAUAUUUCUAACAGGGAUAAUGAAAUCCCUUCUAACCAAAUGCCUUCUAUAAUGAAGCAGCUGGGGUCCACUGUUUCUCUGGUAGAAGACAUUGAACGUCAACAACGAGGUGAAGCUGUACCAUCAAGGACUCAUGCUUUGUCGUCUCCAACGGCUGCUCAAGAUGUAAUAAGUGGUGUUGACAUGCUGAGAAAUAUCUACCAAAACAGUUCCAAUCUUACAACAUCUACAAUUUUGAACCAGAAUGCAAGCUUCCAGCAAUUACAAUCUGCUGUUACUUCUUCAGCUCUUACUAACUCACAUUCAUCAGAUCAAGGAUUUGCCUUGUCUCAAUCUCCAAAAGAAGCUAUUUCAAACUUUGGCCACAUGAAUGCAAAUAACCCACAACAGAUGCCUCUUCCGGAGGCUACACACACACUUUUGUCUCCCAUUGGGAAAAAUGCACCAGGCAAUACUGCACUCAAUGACUCAAUGGCCAACUUGCUUGUAGCUAGGUUAGAUCACUCAGCUAACUCAGGAUUGAUCCCUAACCCUUCCUCUGCUGCAACUAAAACUGGAUCACAGAGUCUUUUGACUCCUGCUGAUCUUGAAACUAUUCCAUCAGGAACUGGUCCAACUAACCUGGAUAUUUUAUUGUCACCUAUGGCAUUUGUUUCACCCCAAGCAAAAUCAGCAACAACACUGACAAAUUCAUAUAAUUCUGGUGAUGUGGCUGAUGCUUCACAUACUUCACUUGUACCUUUGACCAAAGAGCAAUUACAACAAGCUUUAUUAUAUCUUUUAAAAAAUGAUGCAAAUUUCCUGGCUAAGAUCCAUGAAGCUUACCUCUCAACUUUGAACAAUGAGGCUUCUAACCUUUGAAAAUAUUUCUGUGAUAGCUUCUUUUCCAAUGAUCUAUUGUGUCUUUCACAAGCAUAUCACAUCAGCUUGGCUCCUCUUUAUUAUUUUUUUAAUAGAAAAACACUUACACUUCUUGGAUUCUAUUUUAUUUCCAUCCUUUGGCUUUUUUCAGAGUUUCAAAUUUCUCUUUAUAUGCAUAGAUGUUUGUGAGUGUCUUUGUUAAAUAUUAACAGGACAGUUGUAAUUACAAUGAAAAUUAUGAACUUCUUUUGAUGUAAAAAAAAUAGCAUGAAAAUGAUAAUUUUUGGAAAGAGUACAUUUAAUUGGUGCUCUUACAAUUAUGAAACCCACUUGUGAACUGAUAAUGAUUAUCUUACAUGUUUGUUUAUUGUCUCCACAAAGAAUUGUUGAUAGCCUGUGUAAUCUGCAAUUACGAUGAUAUAUAUAUAUUUGUUGGAAUUGUACUUGCUUGGCAAGUAAAUUGAUAUGAGAUAAGGUGAUGAAGUUGAAGCAGUUAUAUUACGGAGGGGUUGUGUUAACCAUUUUCAAGCACAAAAACUAUUUUCACAUAUUCACUUUUAUUUCUUAAUUAUCUCAUGUAAUUUUUUUUUGACCCUUUAUUGUAUAUAGAACUAUUAAGAAAUAGGCAAAUAUGAAUGUAAUAGUUUUUGUGGGGUUUUUUUUUUUAAAUGGUUAACAUAACUUGAAGAUGUGAAUGUGUAUGUGUGUCUGAGCAUGUAUGUGUCUGAGUGUGUGUGUGUGUGUGGCUAUGGGUCAGGGAAUAAUAAAAUAACUAAAAAACGGGUUGUUUCUACCAUAUUUUUAAACCAUGAAAUAUUAGAAUAGUGACUGAAUAUACUAUUGAUGUUACCUGAACGUAUGCCAUAUUUAGCCCCAAAUCUGGUGUUCAAAUUAAACAUGGUUUCUAUUUGGUGCCUAAUGAUGUCUUUA